UGGGACUGAGGCAAGGGAUCCAGGACUUCUCACCAUUGCUCUGUCAGAUCCAACUGUGUCCUUGUAGUGGAGAAAUCCAGAUCCCAGCAGCAUCAACAGCCAUGAAGAGGCUUCUGUGCUACUCACUGAUCUUGAUCAGCUUCUCUGAGGCUUUUGUCCUGAAAGAUAUGUCUGAAAUGGCCUUCGUAUUUCCCAAAAAGUCAUCCAAUUCCUAUGUAUCCCUGAUUGCACAGUCAAAGAAGCCACUGACAGCCUUCACUGUGUGUCUCCGUAUCUACACGGAUCUGAGCAAAGUCCGCAGCUUCAGUAUUUUCUCUUAUGCUACCAAGAAAAACUUUAAUGACAUUCUCAUAUUUUGGACUAAGGAUGAAGGGUAUACUGUUGCAGUGGGUGGGCCUGAAAUAGUGUUCAAGGCUUCUGCAAUUCCUGAAGCUCCAACACACAUCUGUUCCAGCUGGGAGUCUGCUACGGGGCUUGUAGAGCUCUGGGUUGAUGGGAAACCCAAGGUGAGGAAAAGUCUGCAAAAGGGCUACACUGUGGCGACAGACGCAAUUAUCAUCCUGGGGCAAGAGCAGGACUCAUAUGGUGGUGGUUUUGAUGCAAACCAGUCUUUCGUGGGAGACAUUGGAGAUGUGAACAUGUGGGACACUGUGCUAUCUCCAGAACAGAUCAAUACAGUGUAUGCUGGUGGGACACCCAGGCCCAAUGUUUUGAACUGGCAGACACUGUCCUAUACAGUACAGGGUGACGUGUUUAUCAAGCCCCAGCUGUGGCCCUGACCUACUGUUGUGAGUCACAAGACACCUCCUGCGAUUACUUUCUCUCCCUUGUCUCCGGUUAUAGACCUUUUAACAUCAACAGAUGCUGCAGCUCUAGUCUGUGAAUAUAACCCUUUCACCUCCCUGCUGUGCCUUCCUCGGCACUAGGGCAUGGCAUUGAAGUGUAUGGCGUUGCAGUUUGUGCAUCAUACUGGGAAUCUUUAUCAAAGAGAAUCAAAAUUAUGCAUGUUUUUGUUUUUGAAUUUUUUUUUUGAGACAGGGCUUCUCUGUGUAACAGCCCUGCUGUCCUGGACCUUGCUCUGUAGACCACGCUGGCCUUAAACAAGUUGAGAUCCACCCGCCUCUGUCUCCCAAGUAAUGGGAUUAAAGGUCUGUGCCACCACUGCCUGACUUUUUCCAUAUAUAUUUUUAAUUGAAAGAUUAGACAAUCACUCAUCAUCAUAUAGAAGAGGAAAUGGACACACAGAAAGGUCUUGUUUAGGCAACCCAGAGAGAUGGAACACUGUCUGCACUGUGCUCAGAGUCAGUUCUUUUCUGGAAGAAAAUCUGUAUCUGAACUUCCCGGUCCAUGAGUCAAUAAAGCCACUAUGGUUUGAAUGAA